GGAGUGAUGGAACUAUUUCAGGAACAUUCCUUCAGAGAGGAACUCAGGUGAAGUGAUCGAGACCCGGAGCUGGAACACCUGAGCAGAUCUUCAGGAACCCCCACAGAGCUCCACCCGUCUGCUCGAUCACUAAGGUAGAAGAUCAUCGUGGAACGUCAUCGGAUGAAGGUUCUGACUGACCGACCUGCUGAUACGUGAUCAUGGAGCUGCGCUAACACAAGCUCCGCCCCCUCCGGUGUAGAUCAGCUUUAUAUUAUUUUAUUUUAUGUAUUUAUUGUUUACGUUGGCACAGUUUCUGGGGCACUAUGCAGGAUGAGCCACUGGAUUACCUGGAGAUGGGAAAGGUCUCGGACAGGAACGGGGGAACCGGAUCCAAUAAAGACGAUGGUGGCGCCGUUGCACCAUCAGGAACAGAUAAUGAAACCACCCGCCAUUGGGGUGGUGCCAGUUCACGCAGUAAUCACAAACCCAGCGACACCAGUCAGGUGGAGAUUGGAGUAGCGAAACAGAGGAGAAUCCCUGAACUUAUAGAACCUCACACUUCCUUCAGGGCACCGAACGCCAGCCUGAACGGCCCGGGACGGGCACCAAGCACCAAACCCAACAACACCAGCACCAGCACUUUAAACGGGCACUGCCCAUCGCUUUCAGAACUCAACGGAUGUCCCGCACAAGCGUCCAGAACUAUUCAUGUCAGCACUGAUGCUGGGGGCCCGGGAAGCCACGCCGAGGGUCGGACCCCUCGCUCCGGGCGUGGCGGCACCAGAGGCGGGUGUUGUUUCUGUUACCGGGCGUUCCGGAGAGCAUUCCUUCAGUGCCUGGAGGAGACGCCCAUCAUGGUACCCGCCCUGGUUCUGAUCAUCCUGUUCUGUGUGACCAUCAUCAUCAUCAUUCCCGCCACCGGCAGAAGCAUCAGCGUCCACGUGGCGGCGUUGGCGAUGGUGUGUGUACUCCUGUGUUUGUGUGUUCUGUUAUUGGUGUUUAUUCCGUGCCUGCCUGUACUGCGCCGCAGUGAACAAAUGCUAACGCUCAUAAUCUGGAUAGCGCUCUUCAUCACCGCCAUUGUCUUCAUCUUCACUGGAGGGGUCAUCACGGCAUGGGAGCAGGUGGCGUUUUUCCUUUUCCUCUCGUUAUCAGUCUACACUGUUCUGCCUCUGAAUCCAUGCUGGGCGCUGAUCCUUGGCAUCGGUGCCAGUCUGUGCCACAUCAUCAUCAUCAGUGUGUACGUGUCUGUUAGCACUCCGAAAACACCAGAUAUUGCUGUUCAGUUGGUGUCGAACGUGGUUUUGUUUGUGUGUGUGAACUGUGUGGGAUUUUUCCACUUGUGGUUGACGGACCACGCCCGCCGAAAAUCCACCAAGAACCGAGAAACCUUCAGCGACAACCGCUCCAAACGAGCCAAACAGAAACGAGAUCAGGAGCACCUCCUCCUGUCCGUGUUACCGCGGUACAUCGCCAUCGAACUGAAAGAGGAGCUGAUUAAAGGUCCUACAGAAAGACUACCCUCAGAUAACACACGCAACUUCCACAGUCUGUACAUCAAACAACACCGAGACGUCAGCAUCCUGUAUGCAGACAUUGUGGGGUUCACCAGCCUGGCCAGUACCUGCACCCCUGAGGAACUGGUCAUCGUCCUCAACAAGCUGUUCGGGAAGUUCGAUGAGAUCGCUCGGAAGAACGAGUGUUUGCGUAUAAAGAUUUUGGGUGAUUGUUACUACUGUGUAUCGGGGUUACCAGAUCCCAUCCCUGACCACGCCCGCAACUGUGUACAGAUGGGACUGGACAUGUGCACCGCUAUAAAUAAGCUGCGGGAGGCCACGGCGGUGGAGAUCAACAUGAGGGUGGGCGUUCACUCGGGCUACGUGCUCUGUGGAGUGAUUGGGAUGCUGAAGUGGCAGUACGACGUCUGGUCCAACGACGUGACUCUGGCUAAUCGUAUGGAGUCUGGAGGAGUACCGGGGAGGGUCCACAUCACCGAAGAGACGCUCCAACACCUCGGCGGGGCGUACCAGGUGGAGGAGGGAAACGGGGCGAGUCGGGAUCACACCUUGCUGGGCAGGAGGACGUUCCUGGUGAUCGAUCCUCACUCGCAGGACAGCGUGGACGCAGCAGCACCUCCGACGUCCAGCCUGACGGUCAGCAACAAGAUGAAGCAGCGAGUUUCGGUCCGGAUAUCUCAGUACAUGAAGAUGUGGAAGAGCGUCAAACCUUUCUCAGAGCUCAACCAACCAGAGUCCAUCUCUGCUCCCGUCCACACGUCCAGCAUCUCCGACCACCUACAGGACUUGACGGUCAGUGUCCAUCAUGGUCCUUCAGACUGCUGUCCAGUUAACCCCUCUGACGGAAACUCUCAAGUAUCAGCAAAUACGUCCACAGAGACUCUGGAUCUGCUCGACUUACUGAGACCCAAAACGAAGAAGCUGAACUGGCUGACGCUGUCGUUUAAUGAUAUAAAGAUGGAGAAGGAGUACUCUCUGGGUGAGGUGAACGGAAUUCAUAAAUCUGCAGCCUGUCUGGCUCUAAUCUUCAUCUCCAUCUUCACUGUUCAGAUGCUCACGUCCCAAAAAAAUUUAGAGCUGGCGAUAUCGUACGGAUUAGCGUGUCCUCUACAGUUCGUCAUUCUGCUGGUGCUCAGUAUAGCGUUCCUCAAGUGCUGGAGCAGAAAGACGUCAACAAGCGAGCAAGAGGGAGCUUCAUUAUCAUACGGCAAAGCCGCCAAGAUGGUGUUCCGAUUCCUCCUGGUGGUCAACUGCCUCCUCAUCACGCUACUCAUGGCCUUCCUGAACAUCGUGUUUAUUCCAGGUGAUAAAUGUUCACACCCCACCCACAACAUCACCGAGCUGGAGAACCUCCAUCUCUACACGGUUCCGUACUAUCUGUACUGUUGUUUGUUAGCCAUGAUGGGCGUGGUGGUGUUUGUACGAGUGUGUUUCUCGGUGAAGUUCCUCCUCCUGACCCUGGCGCUGGUGGUGUACCUGGCUCUGUUCCUGUACGUGUACGCACCACGCUCCGACUGCUACGUCUACCAGCUCUACCAGAACCACUCCACACCUGGAGUUCUGAAGGAACCGAAGAUCAUGUCUGGAAUUUGGCUCUGUGUUUUCUACUUCAGCUCUCUCAUUCUCACCCGACAGGACGAGCUGGCGGCCCGGGUGCAGUUCCUGUUGGAGAAGUGUUUUCAGAAGGAACGUGAUGAGAUGGAGAGAACAGAGAACGUGAACCGACUCCUCCUGGAGAACCUGCUCCCACUGCACGUCACCAACUUCUUCAUCGGCAAGAACGUUCACAACCAGGAGCUGUACAGUCAGUCGUGUGAGUGUGUGUGUGUGAUGUUCGCUUCGAUUCCCGAGUUUAAGGAGUUUUACAGUGAGAACACCAUUAACGGAGACGGACUCGAGUGUUUACGCUUCCUCAACGAGAUCAUCACCGACUUCGACGAGCACCUCAGUAAACCCAAGUUCAGCUCGGUGGAGAAAAUUAAGACUAUCGGGACGACGUACAUGGCAGCCGCCGGACUCAUUAAUCUCAGUACAAACAAGGAGGGACGGGUAAGGGUGCAGGCCGGUGUUUUGGGACAGGAAGUAGACGCAUGUAAGCAUCACGUACGCAGCAUGGUGGACUUCGCCAUCGGACUGAUGGGAAGACUGGACAACAUCAACCGACACUCCUUCAACAACUUCAAGCUCAGGAUCGGAAUAAACCACGGCCCUGUAAUCGCGGGGGUGAUUGGAGCUCAUAAACCUCAGUAUGAUAUCUGGGGGAACGCGGUGAACGUGGCCAGCAGGAUGGACAGCACCGGGGUUCUGGAUAAAAUACAGGUGACUGAAGAAACUGCGCAGGUAGCGGAGAGCGUGGGCUUCAGCACCACCAGGAGAGGGGUGAUUACCGUCAAAGGGAAAGGAGAGCUAACCACCUACUUCAUCAACCACGAAUCUGCGCACCACCUACAGUAACUACAACCUCCUGAUGGUGAGCGGUCCAUGACCACGCCCGGUCUUUCUCUACAACAUCAAGAAUGUUCCACCGUUCCUCUCUGUAAAAGCCGGUCUGGUUCUCCUCCAGUCACUGGUCAUCUUGGACUAGACUACUGCGAUUCCCUCAUGGCAUGAGCCCCCAUGUCCUCUAUAAAACCCCUUCAACUCGUUCAAAAUGCAGCUGCCCGUCUGGUUUUCAACCAAUCCAAACACUGCCACACCAUCAUCAUCAUCACCCCACUGCUGCUACAUCAUCACUGAUUGGUUAAUAUCACUUACUGUACCCGCUUACAUUCACUUCAAAACAAUGUCGCCUACAAAGCAGCUCCAAUCUACAUAAGAGAAACUUUGCUCUUUAACACACAGCAUUUGAGCCACAAGUCUCGCUCAUCUUAAUCCCCCAAUCAGGACUCAAGGAAGACGGGCAUCAAGACUCUUGUCUUUACCAAAACCAAGGGGAUGGAACCAACGUCCCCUGUCUUUAUUACCUCUUUAAAAAGCACUUAAACUGAAACUAUCAUGCACUUA